AUGGAAUCAGAAGAAGCAACAGCACCAGCAGCUCCGUCAGGUCAUCUGUUCCUGGCAGAACCUUCGACUUCCCAGUCAGAUUUUGACCUACCUUUCUUCAUCAGCAACUACAGCGCUGCCGAUUUGGAUCGGCCCUCAUGCCUCUUCAUAGAUCGAACAAGACGUCAAAGCCCUAGCCAAAGCAUCGCUCCACACGCCGACUGCCUUCCACUCUUUUACACCUUUUACCUCUCUCCUUCAGCAUCAAGAUCGAGCGUCGCUUCCAGUCUGUGGCCGUCCAGCCUUAGCAGGAGUGGGAGCGUAGAAACGCAGCUCGCAAUGCGCGCAUCGACUUUGGAUGUGCCGGCGGAACAGUUCCUAGCUCCCCCCGCAACCGACUAUUUCGCAACAUCAGCGAAUGCUCCAUCAGAAGUUACUUCAAGCACGACUCCUCAGCUGCGCCCGUAUACAGCUGGUAGUGGGAGAAGCGGACGAACGCUUAGUCCCUUGAUAUUUACGCGUUGGUCGAGGCGGCAUCCUCAGGAACAUGGUCAAGAACCACCGAGGCUGAAGGGGUCUGGUCGUGGUGUAGCUGGGAGCAAAGCUGGGAGCAAGAGCAACGCGAAGCGGACUGGUCGUUCAAGGUCCAGCAGCAUUCAGAAACGGCAGCCUCAAGCUGGAGCAGUUCCGCAAAUGACGCGGGAAGAGUUCGAAGCUUUGCCAUUGGCGAUACAGCGGAAGUACUUCUCGACUCUCGAACGACUGCGUUUUGCCCAAGAGUCUGGCCUCGUCGACGGUAUCUCGCGGCAUUACGACGACAUAUCCAACUCCAGGCGCCGAAAACCGCAGCCGGGGCCCAGGGGCUCUGAACAUCCCUGUUGUCAGACUCACCGUGGAUCGGCCCUUGAGUCUUGCUUUUCCACUUCCGACUCGUCUCCCUUGUGCCUCGGCUUGUCAAAUACGGCAGAAACCGCAGAGCUCAGCCGUGAGAAACAGGUAUCUCUUGCAAGAAGACUACGUGCGAGCGUCAUUCUCGACGCGGCCGAUGAGGCGGUAUAUAAGCUUCGCCAGCAAGCUAACAGGAGAGACGCCUCUACCGCCCUUGACACUCUGACGCCUCCCCUCUCACCCCGACGGAAUAGCAUGGAUUCGCUCGAAGGUAUUAGGAGGCAAAUCAAUCAACCCCUCGGUGGACCUGGACGCGUACAAAUUCCCCAAUCGUUCUACGACAGUUUUCGUUGGCUGGAUGAGGAGGAGGACCUAGACUUGCGGCUCUUCUUGGACGACUACCACGCGAACUUGCGAGAAGAUGUUCCCACGGCGAAGCAGCAACGUCCUUCAUUUCGGCGUCAUCUGUCAAUAUCAAAGCUUCCCUUUGGGCGAGCUUCAGUUUCACUGAGCAGGCCGGGCACCAAGGAUGCCACGAGCCCGACCUCGCCGAUCCACAGCCCGUCAGGCAGCAUCUCGAAUUCGGUGGGCCAUAGCAGGCGCAAAUCCCGAGCACUGUCCCUUGUCACGCCAAGGCACGCUCCUCAACCGUCCAUCACUGCUUUCGAUCCCGCGGCGGCGCACUAUCAGGAUCCAGAGGCGCGACUGAAGCUGCGGGUCUACCUCGCCUCGCCGCAAAAGUUUGACGAGGCGGUCGAGUUCGGAUUCCCGUUAGCAGACGUGGUCUCGCCUAUCUCCCCUCCUGGCGUGGACAGUCUGGGGUGCUUUCGCCGACAAUCCAACCAAAAGCUGGCGGACGGUUCGUCGAAUAUGCGUACGUUCCUGGCAGACGAAGAUGACGAGGACAACGAGAAGCUGUCGUUGAACAGCGACCAGGCCUCUCUGGCGGAUCCGGACUCCCCAAAGACACCAGAACCAUUCGAGAGCAAGGUUGGCGGUCCUCGACAUGCACGCCUUGCCUCUGCAGAACCCUUCUUUGACCGGGAUUUUGGGGGCAAGGGUACGGAAGGGCCCGGUUACGUUCAGGCGCCUGCAACGUCGCGCGAGAUGACACUGCGCAUGACUUUGACGAGACCGGACCUCCGUGCGCAUGAGGAGGAGAUUUACGGCUGGCAACAAAAGCACGUUUACCAGCAUCAUAGCCGACGCCCCUCGGUCCUCGCUCCGCUGUCGCCGGAGGCUAGCGGUGCAUAUCUAGCCGAUGGGCCUCACAAGGAGAGCAUGGAGAAGUUUCCUGCUAUGGACCACUGGAAUGCUUCCACGACGGAUAAAGGAGUCAUGAAGCGGAUCUGGAAGCGUGUACGGCGGGGAUAA